AUGUCGUCACCAACAUCUACCAACAGUUUAGCUUCAAACUUACUGUUGAUGGCUCGAAGUACAAAUUGUGGCGUCGCAUUUUUUUUGGAUAUUUGCAAAGGUGCUAAGGUCAGUGGCCACAUUACAGGAAAAUCUAAACCCAGCAGUGAUGACGAUGAAGAUUGGGAGGCCAUUGACUCACGGGUGAAAUCUUGGUUCUACUCCACAUGUGAACCGAACCUCCUUCAAAUUGUCUCGAGUGAUAAUUGUACAGCAAAGGAUUUAUGGGACAAAUUAGAUGAGUUUUUCUUGAAUAACAAGAUGUCUCGUAUGUUGCAACUUCAAGAUCAAUUUCGCAAUACCAAGAAAGGUGUUUCUUCAAUCACCGAAUAUUGUCAUGCUCUCAAAAAUAUUGUCGAUGCUCUUGCCGAUGUCGACUCCACGAUUAAUGAAAUUGAACAUGUUAUGCAAAUCCUCCAUCAAUUGCCACCGUCAUAUCAUAGCAUCAUGGAUGUAAUUACUAACACAAAACCAUUCCCGUCCUUUUUGGAAGCUAAGAAUAUGCUCCUCUUACAUGAAUCCCGUGAAGAAAACACCGACUCUACACUUGACUUGGGAAAUUCUACUACCUCGGCUUUAUAUUCCGUCUCAACUCAACCCGGAAAAUAG